AUGGGAACGCUCACUACCUGCACUUUGAGCACCCUGGAUUUCAAUUCCACUGUCAAAUCCCGUCAAAUUCCGAAUUUCAGAUUACCCAAGAAGCCCAAGAGUUCAUGCUUCUUGUGCAGAAGAAGCAUACAGAGCGAGAGAGUUUGGUUCCCGCGUAGGAGUUUUCGUAGGCUUAGAUGUUAUAGCUCUAGUGAUAAUGGUAACCAUGAAGGAGAGACCAGCAGCAGCGGCAGUAGUAAUAAGUCAACAACUGACUCGGCCACGACGACGACGACGAAAACAACGGCUUCACCGCCAGAAGCGGCCGAAGAUACACGCACGGACGACUAUGACUCUGACCCUCCAUCGGUUUCUUCCAGGCCACCGACUAUAUCACCACUUGGACCCGCUUACAAUAAUUUCCAAGUUGACUCUUUCAAACUGAUGGAACUCCUUGGACCCGAGAAGGUUGAUCCUGCUGAUGUAAAGCUGAUUAAGGAAAAACUUUUUGGUUAUUCUACCUUUUGGGUGACCAAAGAGGAGCCUUUUGGAGACCUUGGUGAGGGUAUUCUCUUCCUCGGGAAUUUGAGGGGAAUGAGAGAAGAGGUCUUUGCCAAAUUCCAGAGUCUACUGGCUGAGGUCACAGGUAAUAAGUACAACCUUUUUAUGGUGGAGGAACCCAAUGCAGAAGAUCUAGAUCCACGUGGUGGGCCGCGCGUUAGCUUUGGGUUGCUGCGGAAAGAGGUCUCAGAACCAGGGCCAACAACACUUUGGCAAUAUGUAAUUGCUUUCUUGUUAUUCCUUCUAACAAUUGGAUCAUCUGUAGAGUUAGGAAUUGCAUCUCAGAUAAAUAGACUUCCACCAGAGGUGGUGAAAUAUUUCACAGAUCCAAAUGCCAUUGACCCACCAGAUAUGGAGUUGCUAUUUCCCUUUGUAGACUCGGCAUUGCCCCUAGCAUAUGGUGUUCUGGGGGUUUUGCUAUUUCACGAAGUUGGGCAUUUUCUCGCUGCUUUCCCAAAGAAAGUGAAACUUAGCAUUCCUUUCUUCAUUCCUAAUAUUACUCUUGGCAGUUUUGGAGCAAUCACUCAGUUUAAAUCCGUUCUUCCUGAUCGGAGCACAAAAGUCGACAUAUCACUUGCUGGCCCGUUUGCUGGUGCUGCAUUGUCGCUGUCAAUGUUUGCAGUAGGUCUGCUGCUCUCAUCUAACCCCAAUGCCACAGGAGAUCUAGUGCAGGUUCCAAGCAUGUUGUUUCAGGGUUCUUUGCUUCUUGGACUUAUCAGUAGAGCUACUCUUGGUUAUGCAUCAAUGCAUGCUGCGACUGUUCCAAUUCAUCCUCUUAUGAUUGCUGGCUGGUGUGGGUUGACAACAACAGCUUUUAAUAUGCUUCCGGUGGGGUGUCUUGAUGGUGGAAGAGCUGUGCAGGGUGCUUUUGGAAAAAAUGCCCUAAUUGCCUUUGGCUUGACGACAUACACGUUGCUUGGAUUGGGAGUGCUCGGCGGACCUCUGUCACUUCCAUGGGGACUCUAUGUGCUCAUAUGCCAGAGGACUCCAGAGAAACCUUGCCUAAAUGAUGUAACAGAGGUUGGAACAUGGAGAAAAACAAUUGUCACGGUGGCAGUUUUCCUUGUCGUACUCACACUUCUUCCUGUAUGGGAUGAGCUUGCGGAGGAGCUAGGUAUAGGUCUUGUAACCACAUUUUGA